AGUACAUCGUACUUUGUUUUACAAACCAACAUGUUCACUUAUUUUGCGAUUGCCUGCCUGUUCGGAGUGGCGGCCGCCGUCCCGCCAGUGGCGGUAGCUCCGUACCAAGUCGGUGUUGGCAUCAGCUCCCUGAAUAUUCCCCGUUAUGGCUUCAACUACGCGGUCAACGACCCUCUAACUGGAGACAAUAAAGCGCAAACCGAACUCCGAGAUGGUGACGUUGUUAAGGGCUCGUACUCAGUCGCUGAACCUGAUGGCACCCUUCGAGUCGUCGACUACUCAGCCGAUGCAGUUUCUGGGUUCAACGCGGUCGUGAAACGACUAGGGCCGGCUGUACACCCACAACCCAUUCUUGCGCCCGUUGCUAAACAGAUCGUUGCACCCAUUGCCCCUAUUGCACCUAUAGCCUCUAUUGCACCCAUCGCUCCUAUCGCACCCAUCGCUGCUCCAAUCGCAUCCCCGUUAUUAACUACUAGCUCUAUAGGUCUCGGAGGCCUCGGCGCUUGGGGCGGCCUUGGAUUAGGAGGUCUUGGCGACCUCGGUCUAGGCGCGUGGAAACACUAGUGCAAUUGCAACGGUUAUUGCGCAUUCUUAUGGACGUUAUGAUGCUAUUCUUUUUUUCACGUUUGUACCUUUUUGGUUCCUAAAUGAAAAUUCGAAUAGUGUAUAUAACGCAGUGCAGGCCAAUUAACGUGGGAAUUUGUGUAAAUAAAUAUAUUAUACGAAUA